AGGCAUGACCGAGAUUCCACGUCCCGACCCGCCUGUGGUGGGUAAAGUGACGCACAACAGUAUCGAGCUUUACUGGGAUGUUAACGAGACCCAUGACGAAGAGAAGCCUGUCCAUGGCAAGAUUCGUUACUGUGUGCAAGAGGAGGAGGUUGCCAUGAGGAGUACAGGAUUUGGAAAUGUGUACAGUGGUUAUGCUAAAAGUCACGUGUUUGAAGGACUUGAACCUCAGACACAAUAUAGGUAAAGCAAUAGAUUACAGAAGACACCUUACAGAAGGCCAAAUCGCAAUGAUUCGUCAUCAAAAUGCACUUGCCAUGUUCCUAGCUAGUGCAUUUACAAGAGGCAUUAACCCCCUGAACGUCUACCAUUUUGGAUAUUUUCAAGGUGGAUGAAUGCCUGUCAUAAGCACACUGGCUAGGAGCAUGGCAACAUCAUUGCAAUGGUUAUGCCAAAAUCAUAGGCAAAACCAAGUUGGCCUUCUCUGAAAUCGCUAUUCUGUAAUGGGGAAGUUGUGGGAAUCAGGAGGUGUGGGGGUCAAGGGGGUGGUCCCCAUGAAAAAUUCCUCCCAUCAUUUGAGAGUGGUCCCCUCACGAGUAUACAGAUGAUGCAAAUUGUGCACUAUGCUUCAAAGUCGAUCUUGCAUUUUGAGGUACAUAACACACUUUUGCUGUGCACUUAAAAGAUUUGUCCUUGAAAGAGGAUUUAGUUCAUUUAUACAUUACAGCCACACCCCUUUUCAUGGCCACCUUUUGUAAACGUAAGGCUCUAAUUUAUUUAGAGAUAUCCCCCAACGGUUUCACAACACCACACAUGUCUGAAUGUUUCAGGUAUCGGUUACGAAAAAGCAACACUGCAGGGGACAGUGCCUGGAGUGUGAUCAUCACAGUAAACACAACAAGAAAACCCAAAACUAGUGAAGAUCUUAUCAAAGCAGUGAACCAAAAAGAUCUAGCCAAAGUAGAUGCCGUACUCCAAGGUAAUACUUGCUUGGGGAUGUUUACCCUUGAUGGUUUGGUAUUUGAUACCAUGUUUUUGAUGGUUAUGUUUCUGAUGGUUAUGUUUUGAUGAUUACUUCAGUAUAGUAUAUUGUAAAAUUGUCAUAUUUACUGGACCCUGUAUCUACAUUUUAUUUUACACUACAUUUUAGAACUUAAUCAAAUUGCAGUUGACUCACCAGACAAAUAUGGCCUGUCACCAUUAAUGACUGCAGGUAAAGAGUAAAUGGUGAUGAUGGUGUUGGUGAUGAUAAUGAUAGCUUGAUGAUGAUCAUGGUGGUGAUGAUGGUGGUAGUGAUGAUGAUGGUGGUGGUACUAGUGAUGAUUGUGGUACUAGUGAUGAUGGUGGUGAUGAUGGUGGUAGUGAUGAUGGUGGUAGUGAUGAUGAUGGUGGUGGUACUAGUGAUGAUUGUGGUACUAGUGAUGAUGGUGGUGAUGAUGGUGGUAGUGAUGAUGGUGGUGGUGAUGAUGGUGGUAGUGAUGAUGAUGGUGGUGGUACUAGUGUUGAUGGUGGUACUAGUGUUGAUGGUGGUACUAGUGAUGAUGGUGGUACUAGUGAUGAUGGUGGUACUAGUGUUGAUGGUGGUGAUGAUGGUGGUAGUGAUGAUGGUGGUAGUGAUGAUGAUGGUGGUGGUAUUAGUGAUAAUGGUGGUGAUGAUGGUGGUAGUGAUGAUGGUGGUAGUGAUGAUGAUGGUGGUGGUACUAGUGUUGAUGGUGGUACUAGUGAUGAUGGUGGUACUAGUGAUGAUGGUGGUACUAGUGAUGAUGGUGGUACUAGUGUUGAUGGUGGUGAUGAUGGUGGUAGUGAUGAUGGUGGUAGUGAUGAUGGUGGUAGUGAUGAUGAUGGUGGUGGUACUAGUGAUGAUGGUGGUGAUGAUAGUGGUACUAGUGUUGAUGGUGGUACUAGUGAUGAUGAUGGUGGUGAUGAUGGUGGUGCUAGUGUUGAUGGUGGUACUAGUGAUGAUGGUGUAACCAAUGAUGGUGGUGAUUGUCAUGAUUUGCUCUGAUGUGAUGAUGGUGAUAGUUAAAUGGGUGGUGGUGAUGAUUAUGUGGUGAUCACACCAGAUGACUUGAAUACCAACUGUCAAUUCUCAAAUGUUCUUUCAGCCCAGCAAGGUUCACUUGAGAUAGUGAAUAAACUACUUAGUUACGGAGCAGAUGUAAAGUUCCAGAACAGCAGUGGAAAAGAUUCUUUAAUGCUUGCUUGUUUUGCUGGUAAGUUCUGCAGUAAGUUACUGUAGAAAUAACUUCAAAACAAUAAUAACUUAAGAACAGAAGGAACUAGAUUCUGUUCCGAGAUAUCACAUACUCGAACCGACUUGACCGCGUAGCUCAGUUGGCAGAGCAUUGGGCUAGUACUGCAAAGGUCGUAGGUUCGAUUCCCACCGUGGCCAGGCAUAUUUUUCAAGCUUGCCCGGUGUGGAUAUGCACUCAGAGUAACAUCACAAGCAACUUAAGAACAGUUUAUGAUAUGAUAUGAUAUGAUGCUCGAAACAAUGGGAGACAAAAUUUUCUGUGAUCUUUGCCAGGUCAACUAGAGAUUGCCAAGGUGCUGGUUAAACAUGGCGCAACAUGGGACAGCCAAGAUUACUCUGGUUCGACAGCUCUUCACUGGGCAGUGGACGGUGGUAAUAUAGAAGUGGUAAGAUGGCUUUUAAAGAAAGGAUGUCAGGUGGAUGUAAAGGAUUAUACUUCAGGUAAGGAUGGAAUUGUUUGUGGACCGUAAGCUUUCGAGGGUCGAGAAACUGGGAAACAUUGUUUCCUAGCCAUAUUUCCCAAUGGUGAGCAAACCAGGAAACAUUAUUUCCCGAAGGUGAACAAACCAAGAAACAUUGUUUCCUAAAUUCCUAGCCAUGUUUCCCAAAGGUUUCACAAACCAGGAAACAUUGUUUCCUACCCCUGUUUCCCGAAGGUUUCACAAACCAGGAAACAUUGUUUCCUAGCCAUGUUUCCUAAAGGUGGACAAACCAGGAAACGUUAGAGAGGUUAAGAUACCUCGGUGUAAGGGUACGGGUAGCAUGAUUUUGGUUAGCAAUAUUUUCGUCGAUGUCUGUACCUUUACUCGUAAUUAAGGUGCACAUUUUUCGCAUGUUAUCAUUGUCUAUUGCAAGAAAGCAGAAAAAGUAUGAUCGAAUUACAGACAUCAGUAAAACAAGAUGACACUACUCGUACCCGUACACCGAAACCGGGGUAUCUUAACCUCUCUAUUGUUUCCAAGCCAGCUCUUGGGAAGCAAAUUUGGUUUGGUAACAACUUCUACAGGGAAACAUUCCAAGGAAAUGUAAAAACUUUAAGAUGUUUCUAUAAAAAUGUUCCUCUAGGCUGGACACCUUUGAUGAGACUUGCAAUGUUACGAGGCAACAUACACAUAGCUCGACUUCUUAUUCAACACGGAGCUAAUAUAUCCAGCAUGGACAAAGACGGCAAAUCCGUUCUAAUGAUGGCCUCACUCAACGGCGAACUAGACUUGGUCAAACUUCUGAUAUACAAAGGAGCUGAUUUCACGUUGCGAAGCGUACAUGGCAAGACUGCUUUAGACUUUGCUCGGGCUUUUGAUAGAGAGAAAAUUGUGGAAUAUUUGGAUGAAUUAUGGAGAGCUUAUAAGGCGAAAGAACGAAGGAAACACAUGGAUAGCUGGCAAGAAGAUGAGAAAUAUGCACAAACUGUGAACUUACUCAAGACUGCACGAAGUAUGGCUAGCGCGGUCGACGUCACUGAAUGACAUGUUAUAUAUUGCAAAAUGUUAUAUUGUUGUAAAUUUGUAGAUUUCUAAAUGGAAAUAUAUAGUUUUCUUUUUAAAUUUGUGUGAUUUGAAUUUUGUAUUGAGGUAUGAGCAAAUUCGACCACCAUCAAAAUCAUCACCACCAAAAUCAUCACCAUAUUCACCAUCAUCCUCCUUAAUUUGUGUAUCCAAUAUUGCAAACUGUUUUAUACAAAUAAUUAUCAUAACUACCAAAAACAUAGACAUCAAUAUAAUCAUCAUUAACAUUAAAACAAUAGAAGUGCAUAGAAUGUAUACUUUUAAGUUAGAUACAUUUAAGUGUCAAAUUAUUCAGCUACAAAGCUACUGUAAUUAUAGGGACAGUCACACAGUAUCUCUAUUUUUAAAUAUGGUUCGUGUUACUUUACUUCUUAAAUGUCAAAUCACAGUUAAGUCAAAUGAAAGUGUCAAAUUAUUCGGCCACAAGGCUAAUGUAAUUAGAGACAGUCACACAGUAUCUCUAUUUUUAAAUAUGGUUCGUGUUACUUUACUUCUUAAAUGUCAAAUCACAGUUAGGUCAAAUGAAAGUGUCAAAUUAUUCGGCCACAAGGCUAAUGUAAUUAGGGACAGUUACGUAAUAUCUUCAUGUGGAUAAUGGUUCACUUCUUGUAUGUCGUCUCAGUUGUUCCGGUUCGCAUCUUCCUCGUCCACCAAACACGUCCCACCAAACACGACCAAACCAAUCAUUAUAGAUACGACAUUCUUUACAAUAAAAAGGGAAGCUUUGUACUGGUGGUUUUUCCAAAUCAAAACUCGUAUGACCAGGAAUGGAAAAUUCGUACAGAUUACUUGUAGCAGACCAAAUGUAGCCCAUAUUCCUCCCCUUUCUUUUACCUCGCCGUCUGCCCCAAAUUUAUUUCGAACCAAAUUAAAGGAUGAGAGCAGGAAACAUACGCAGGCGAAGAAAAUGAUGCACACUUCCGUCUCACUGUCCAAAUCAAAAUGCCGUACAUUUUGCAUCAGAUAAAUUUCCAACAUUUCGAUUCCAUCGACGAUAUCCAACGCGGCGACUAUGGACAGGUACAACAGAGGCUUUCGGUAGGAUGGACAGAUCAUGAGUUGAAGAAAAAGGAUUAACAGGCCUGGAGUGAUGGAGAGUGCCAUUUUCAAAGCAUUAAUACCAAGGGCACCUUCUUCGGGCAAAUCUUUCACGACGGCAGCAAAAAUCACAACCUCCACAACAUACACCACAUUGUAUGUUAGCCAAAUGUAAAAAACGAACCGUUUCUCUUUAUCCUUAUCGUUUUCGGUAUAAUUCGAACCGCAACGUAAGAAAAUGAUUGUUAAAAUACAAGCUGGUACAAAGAAUAAAAAGUGCUCAGGUUUUGCCACAAUUGCAACGAGAAGACCAACUUGUAUGCAAUAAAAUAUUACUAACGUCAUCCAACCGAGAAUAACCAUGCAAGAUGACAUCUUCGCCUUUAAUAUUCAAAUCAAUUCGCAAACCUUAACGUCGUUGAAACACACGAGCGUAUAUAAACGUUCACACAAGCAUAUAAGUUAUAACGCAGUUACUUUUUCAUGGGGGGUUCCCCUUACGUUAUGCCUGUUCUCCAACAGGCGAAUUUCUUCGCGCGAACAGUAAAAAAGUAGGAACUGAUCCAACUUUUUCGCGUCGAAUUUUUACGCUGACCAAUCACAUUGCCAAGAUUUGUUUUUCGCUUCGCGCCGCGCAAAAAAAUUCGCCUAGUGGAGAACGGGCUUAAGACGGCGGCGACAGGACGACAGCUGAACAAACUGUUGCGAAACAGAAUGAUUGUAUGGAAAUAUUGUCUAGUAUUUACUUUCGUAUGAAUUUAAAAUAGUUUCGAAUAUUUAAGUAAAACAGAGCUUUAACCUUCAGAGCAAUUUUGAUCAACGCUGUUAGAAAAAUCGCCUGCCACGGCCCGAAAUGCUAGCGUACUUUACAAGACGUGAAAAUAUGCAUUUGCCGUCGUCAACUGAGCCUGGACGACGUUUGAAACUCCUGCUAUACUUUUAAUUAUUCCUUUCUUUUGUGCUAUAGGAUUAAUGACAUUUUGUAUUGACAGCCAUCGUGCUGACGUUGCCGUCUUACAUGCGUAAACUCUCUCAGUGGCGUAACUACUAUGGGCUCAGACCAGGCGAACCCGGGUGCCCCACCCCAACCCCAAUGGGCCAAAUGCCCCCCCCCCCAGGCUAUAGAGCAAAAAUAUUGGCCAGGGCCUCUGAUAUGUCACAAUGUCGUUUUCUGACCAUCAGAAUUCUAUAAAAUCUCUCCCCAAAGUCCAGGAAAUGGUAUUUCAAAGAAUAUAGAUUCAAAAAUUUUCCGGGGGAGCAUGCCCUGGACUCCUAGAAAACUCGUGCAUUUACGGCGCUCGACUCGUGCCUUUAGCACUUCUACUAGGAGGGCCUUUGAACAUUUUGAACCGGGGGCCUCCUGAUAUAACGUUACGCCACUGAACUCCCUAAUACAAGGUCAAGGACAUUACUGUAAUCCUAUAUCACAAAAAAAUGAACAAUUAAAAGUCUAGCAGGUAUUUUAGACGUCGUCCAAGCUCUGUUGACAACGGCAAAAUACAUGUUUUCACGUCUCCUAUAGUACCGCUAAGCUUUAAUAUUUUUCAAAUGACGAUGGUGGCGAUGAUGAGAGAUUGCCAAAGUGCUGGUUAUGGCGCAACACGGGAUAGCCAAGAUUACUCUGGUUCGACAGCUCUUCAUUGGGCAGUGGACGGUGAUAAUAUUGAAGUGGUAAGAUUUCUGUUAAAGAAAGGAUGUCAGGUAGAUGUGAAGGAUUAUACUUCAAAUAAGAAUGGAAUUGUUUGUGAGCCGUAAAGCUUUCGAAGGUCGAGAAACUGGGAAACAUUCUUAACCAUGUUUGCCAAAGGUGGACAAACCCUGAAGCAUUGUUUCCCAGCCAUGUUUCCCAAAGGUGAAUAAACCAGGAAACAUUAUUUCCUAGCCAUGUUUCCUGAUGGUGGGCAAACCAGGAAACGUUGUUUCUUAGUCAUGUUUCCCAAUGGUAAACCAGGAAACAUUGUCUCCUAGCCAUGUUUCCUGAAGCAGAAGGUGGACAAACCAGGAAACAUUGUUUCCCAGCCAUGUUUCCCAAAGGUGGACAAACCAGGGAACAUUGUUUCCUAGCUAGCUCUUGGAAAGUAAAUUUUGUUUCGUAACAAUAAUUUCUACAGGGAAACAUUCCAAGGUCAAGGAAAUGUAAAAACGUUUCGAAGAUGUUUGUUUCUAUAAUAAUGUUCCUCUAGGCUGGACACCUUUGAUGAGACUUGCAAUGUUACGAGGCAACAUACACAUAGCUCGACUCCUUAUUCAACACGGAGCUAAUAUAUCCAGCAUGGACAAAGACGGCAAAUCCAUUCUAAUGAUGGCCUCACUCAAUGGCGAACUAGACUUGGUCAAACUUCUGAUAUACAAAGGAGCUGAUUUCACGUUGCGAAGCGUACAUGGGAAGACCGCUUUAGAUUUUGCUCGGGCUUUUGAUAGAGAGAAAAUUGUGGAAUAUUUGGGUGAAUUGUGGAGAGCUUAUAAGGAGAAAGAACGAAGGAAACACAUGGAUAGCUGGCAAGAAGAUGAGAAAUAUGCACAAACUGUGAACUUACUCAAGACUGCACGAAGUAUGGCUAGCGCCGUCGACGUCACUGAAUGACGAUAUAGUUUUGUUUUUAAUUCUUGUGUGAUUUGAACACUAGAUUCCCCUUAUUAUGUUUUCGUAGCGCUUUGCAUUUACAAAAAUCGGAGGUGAUGACCAUUUCUUAUUGUUAGGAGAACAGCAUGUAUUGUGCCCCUCCCCCUCGAUAUAAACACUGUCGAAUUUUCCGUGGCUUGUAUUCCCACAACCUCAAUCUCGUACCCCGAGCCUGCCACAAACUCAAAAAGGUAUCUCAAACGUGGAGGUCCAGAUUGUUUGUGUCUGAACUAACGGAUAAAAGGAAUUAAAUUAGCGGAUAUUAAACUGAUAAAAACAUAGAACCCACAGAUCUCUGAGCGAUCAUGCAUGCGAAAGUAAUUCAACAAAAAAAUGUGUUGGGAUAUUAUACAUCUAAUUUAAAUAUUAAAAAAUUACUAAAAAAUAUAUGCCAAUAUGAACGACAUAUCAUCGCAGUUGUCAUGACAAAGGUCAAGGGAUAUUUUAUUAAUGCGUGUCUUAUUGAAACAUGAGCUUUGUAUCCAGCCUAGUCCCAGUUGUUCUGAAGCAAGCGCGAGAAAAGACGUGAAUGUAGUACGAGACUGGGACCUAGGUGUGAUGUAGCGUUCCGCACAGCACACCCAGGCCGAAAACUUUUAAGACUUAUUUAAAUAUAUUAAAGCAGCGAAUAGAGAGAGAGCCUGGGACUAGGCUGCUUUGUAUCUAUAAACUUGCCAGAAAUCAGUGUCCAAUAUUAUGUAACUGGAAAUGUUGGCAGAAACCACACUUGCAAUAUCCCAUCAACUACAUUUUAGAUAACACAGCUCUGUAUCAGAAAUUGCGUUGCAAGUUAGUUGCAGCAAAAAUGGUCUCGUGUAAAAUGCCUAAAAUUACAGUAAUUUGAGGAACAGUCACACAAACACAAACAGUGUCUUUAUUUUCAAAUAUUGUGUACUUGUCCUCAAGUUGAGUUUUCUCCGCAUUUUCACAUCUCGGCUUUAAGAUGGAAGAACUCAAUUCCCCCAGUCACAAUAGCAAGAGUAUUCUUUGCAAUGAAAAGAGGGGCUUCCGAUUUAUGCCAAAGGGCGAGACGUAAAACCAAAAAUGAGAAGUUAAUGCCAAUAAUUUCCAGUGGUAUAAGUAACAUAGACAUUCCUUUCCUUUGUUUUACUUCCCCAUUACCCACGAAUUUAUUUCGAAUCAAACCAAGCGGUGAGACCAAAAAGCACAAGCAGGCGAAGAAAACAAUGCAUAUUUCUAACUCCCCGUCUAUGUCAUAGUUUCCCUCAUUUUGCAUCAGGAUUAUUUUCAACAUCUCAAUGCCAUCGAAGAUAUUCAGUGCGGCAAAUAUAGACAGCGACAGGACAGGCUUUUGGUAGGAUGGACAAAUCGCGAGCUGUAGCAGGAGGAUUAGCAACCAUGGGGUAAUACACAUCGUAUAUAUCAGUGUGUUGAUUUCCAGAACGUUAUCUUUAGUAAGCUUGUGUGCGACUUUACCAAAAAUCAUGGCAACUGUAAUGACAUAAGGAACAAUAUAUAGUCCACAGGUAAACCAAACUUCCCAAAUAGCUACGUCGUUGUCUGCGUAUAUCAUUUUCUUGACUUUCUUAUCAUAAAAGGCGUACAAGACAUAAAGUAAUGCCGGUACAAACCAAAUAAACCAGAAAACAUAUAAACCGUUCAGAUAUUUUGCCAAAACGAAGACGAAAAGAUAAACUUGCACGUAGUAAAGUAUUAAUAACAUUAUCCAUCCAACAAGACGAACGAGAUAUGGCGGCCUUCCUACCGUCCUCUCUGCGACUUCCACCAUUGCAAAGCCAAGUAUUUCACGAAGAAAAUCAGAUUUAACAUAAAAACCUCGAAAAGUAUCACUAAUGUAGCAUAGAAU